AUGGAGGAUAUUUCAUCCAUGCACGGCCUAGAUAUGAACCGGGGCCCUCUCUCCCCUCCCCCGACUGCCCGGCCUCGGCCCGGGACCGGGAACGGGAGUAUAACGCCUCCCGAAGCACCUCUCAAGCGUUCUCUAUCCCUCCCUCGAACACGCCUCUCGCUCUCUUUCCCCGUGCUUCCUGCCGGCUCUAACUUCUCUCCCCGUGGCGCCCCGCCAUCUCCCGUAUACUCGCCAAAGCACCAGCACCACGAUGUGGAUAAACCUGUCACACCAGAUGAUCCAAUGGCCUUUCUGACUGCUCUUGCAGCCCAGGAACGACGAGUGUUGGAGCUGAAGGAAGAGCUGGGGAAGGCCGAGACAGAGCUUGGCCGGUUAAAGAGGCAGUGGGCGGUCCAUGAAGCAACCAUGAAGUUACAUGAGAUCACACCAACAGAGAGGCUACGGCCAUUGAAUACGUCGAUUGCUGCAGCAGAAGUAGGAGUACAUAGCCCAGGGCGAGAGCAGUAUCAGGCAAAAGUGAGCUCGGUGACCGGGAGGAAGGUAUCAAGCCAGAGACACACGAGGACCCUCAGUUUACUCGCAGGGAGUAGAGACGAUACACCGCCGGCGCUGGUCAAACGGCAUACUGUUGCUCACUCGGCAUCGAGCUCACAUUCGGAUGCGGACAGGGAAAAGAGGAACAGUCAAGAUGCGUUGUUGAGGACGGGGAAGCAGAUGGCAGAGGACUUUAAGGAAGGAUUAUGGACCUUCAUCGAGGACCUCCGGCAAGCAACCGUCGGCGAUGAAGCCAUCAGUUCGACGGUAAACAGCACUGGGAUUCGUGCAUCACCCCACGGCACCAGAUCUACAUCACCAAGGGUAUCAAUAAGGAGUGGCUCACCUGCCAGCAGCCUUAAAAGGGAGAGAAGGAGGGAGGAGUCCCUAAUCGAUUUUGGAGACGACGACAGCAAAUCUACUACGAACCGGAUCGAUGAGGAGGAGAACUUACUACUCGAUCACCCCUCAUCCGCAUCCUCUUCUUCCAACGUACGGUGGAGCACCAGCACCGCCAAUUCCGACACCUUGGUGUCGUCGUCGUCGCGCUCAAGCACGCCUAGGACAAGCACAAGUUCUACAACAUCAAACGCAAUCUGGAAUCAGGCCGUGGUGGCUACAACACUGAAGAAGGCUACGGCUUUAGUUGAAAAGGUCGAGAAGAGCCUUGCACCGUUGCCAGCUACAGGAGCCGGGUCGACGGGAUAUUAUGAGGGCAAACAGGGCGAAUUGAGGGCAAGGCCGAAGACGGUUGGAAAGAAAAAUGCAUGA